AUGUUUGCCAAACGAUCAUUACUCGGUAAAAACCGAGAUAAAGGGAGCAGCAGUGUGUCUUCCGCUCCGUCAUCUGUUGUUAAUGGUGGUAAUACAUCUGCACAGAAAGGAGGUAGCUCAGAAUCAACAGAUUCUGCGGGAUCUAAUCGUAUUCCCUCUGAUAACACGCAUUUCCGCUCAUUUAGACGGGGUUUGCGCAUUGGAGGUGCCUCCUUACAUCCCAAGGAAAGCUCAGUGCCAUCCGACAGUAACAGAACCACAGUUGGUGGUGGUCGGUCUGGUCUGAGUUUCACAGACGACCUCGAUUCGCAGGGUGAUGUGUGUAUACGCAAGGGAGUUAGGAAUUGUGUGGUUGAAUCUGGACCACUAGAGUGCGAAGUAGAUAAAAGUUCUGCCAUGAUCGAUGGCAGCUUGAGAUCCAAUGUUGCGCCAGCUGGCCGUCAAUCUGAGCGGCCGCAGCCUGAAAUCUCAGAGUCUGCAUUUGCUGAGAGCUUUAUGUAUAUGGACGUUGAUGGCGAGAGUUUAUAUCCUCAGAGCAAUGAUACAGGGCAUGAAAACCGUUACAAUCACGUGGAGAGCACUUCUGUCUAUGGUAACAGCACUAGGCGUAUGCUGGGCCUUAGUUCGGACGAUAGUGGCGACGAAACAUAUUAUGUGAGUGAUAGGGACAGUACAAAUCCACCAUCAGCGACUAACUGUUUCGAUGCACUGCCGCCUUUCGACUCUAAGGAAGCGUCACGAUACCUCAACGGUCGUUUGGAUGAGAUGCGUGAAGAACUUUCGUUGCUUCGUCGUAACAUAGAGUCUUGCAAAGGACAAAUAGAGGAUCACCGUAAGGUCCCUAAUCAGUACGAGCCUGUCAUGGAUGGCGUUCGUAAGAAUGUUGAUUUGUUCCGUUCUCUGGCUUCCAACGCACGUGCGUUAGGCGGUCUUCUUCAUGCUAAGCAUGGAUUAUUGCAAGAAGUUUUACAAACGAAGUACGAUAAUGAAAAGGAUAUAGCUGAUGCCUCGUACUGCGUGCAUCGUUGGUUUUUGUGCGACCUUUUGCGCAUUGAUGGGAUUCUGUGUGACUACAGCUGUGGUUAUUUAGACGAAACUGAUGAUGAUGGCCUGGAAGUUUGUCAUAAAGUGAAGCGCACAUUUGAUACCCGUGCAGAUCAGCUUGAUGAUGUUCUUUCUAAGCUUAAAGAGAUGGCAAACCACCGAGCGGAGGAGUUGGGAAAUGCCAGUGUCGGACCAGACAACACGUCUGUGUGCGACGCGUUCAUGGAGUGUUUUACUCUGUCAUCGUUAUACGAUGAUAUAGUAGGUAUUUAUCCAUCGUCUGACCUGAAACCCGUGGAAAAAGAUGUUAUGCAUGACGUCGCCGACAAAUACAGUACAAUAUCGAAUGCUCUUGCCGUGUAUCAAAGCUUCAAAGAGUCCCACUCAGAAGAGUUUGAGCAGUUUCGUAUUUCAGAACGUUUGCGUUCGGUUUAUGAAUUGUAUGUGGUUGCUGACCUGGUUUCUUGGGACCCAUUAGCCCCUUGCAACGAUGAGGUCAACAAACUAAGUGGGCGCGAGUGGUUUAAAUUUGUUAGCAAAUUUUGUCCUGAAUCUCUGCCUCAAUUGGUUCUCGACUUUAUUGUACCUGCGUGUAUUAAUGCCAUUGAUACGUGGAACAUUGCCGACGCUCGACAGUCACUCUGCCUCUCUAGUUUGCUUGUGGAAACCAUCAAGCACUUGCCCCCGGAAAGUCGUGGUGAUGUGAUCGAUAAGUUGACUUCCCAUUUUUUGAAAAUUGCUGAGUUGCGUCUCACUGUAUUGUGUCCUAAUAACAUUGGAAAAUCUUUUCAGGACUGGUACAUUUCAGGAUUUUGGAAGUUUUUGCUAGUUCGUGUGGCAAGCAACUUAAUGUAUUUCAGUACUAUCUUCACCGGUGCUACGUUGAGCAAAUUGGUAUUGGAUGGUUUGUUCAGUGCUCGUUUAUUGCCUACGCUCGAUUUCAAUCAGAUGUUGGAUGCUUUUGUUGUGUUACAGUUCUUUACUCACGUCAAAGAGCUUUCAUCCCACCUUCGCGUGCAAAGCCGAACAAAUGCGCUGAUAAAGGCUACAGUGCACGGGAUAGGGGCCCGUACGUGGGUAGAUGACCUGGGUGUUUCGUUGGUUUUCGAUCGUCUAAAGGUGUCACUAACCAACGAUUACUACGCGAGGACGCUGAACUCCAUUUUUGGUUAG